CCCAACUUGCAUCGCGGGCAUGUUGAGAAAUCAAGUAAAGUUGCUAUUAUUUUCUGACAGUCAAUUAACGUUUGAGAAGAGGUAACUUGUACAGCAAAUUAGAAAAUAAAGUUAUCCUUUUAGUUUAUCCUUUUUGCAUACCAAACCGGGGGCCAGUCCUUUCAGAUCAAUCAAUGGAAUUUCAUAUUUGGCAUAGCUUGGUCUAUAUUAGUCUAUAAUGGGUGGCCCCUUUGAUCUGACCUUUCUUGCGGGAGGAUGAAUAUUUUACAAAUUUAUUUUUAUGCCGAGAUUUUUCUACUUGAUGGUGCUAUCCACUAAUGUCAACAAGGAGCUCUACUAUUGAAUCGUCCCUGUCGAUGACAACUCUAUAUGAAUCUUGAAAUGUGAGAAAAUGGAGACUCCAGUGUGUUCGCCUGUGCCAAAUGUGGCGAUGAAUCAGACACCUCUACCUUCCGCAGCAGUGGGUUUCAUUCUUUUGAAUAAUGGUUCCCUAUUUUCCUUCGGAUUACUACCUCCGUCUGUGGAAGCUAGAGCUGCUCCAGGUCCUGAUGAAUGGAAUGAGAUUAAAAUAUGUCCUCCGUUUACUGUACUUGCGCUUCCACCUACCAAACUGGCCAUAUGCCCUGCAGAUUUUUGCAAUGAUAAAGUAAAGUCUUAUGAAUCCCAUGCGAGAAAGCAUCUGAGUCUGAUACUGGCAGAGCAACGCAAGACGACAAGACUGAAUGGAAACUGUGAUUUCCCGUCAUCCCUAAAAUUUGGAUACUACUGUAAUGAUGGCGAUUGCUAUGCUGGGCUUCUCAUGUUGGACCAAAGUCGUGGGUUUAAUCGAAUGAAGUACCUGAAACAACAUUAUUUGAAAGUUCACGCUCCUAGAACUUUUGCAUGCUCCAAUUGUAGUAAAUGCUUCGCGUCACUGGGACUUUUGGGGGGUCACAUAAAGAAUUGCGGAAAUUCAUUCGAAUGCUCUACAUGUCAAAAGCAAUAUAAUACAUUGGAAGCCCUACAAACUCAUUGUCGACGACACAAUCAUUCCACGGAUUAUAGCAAAUAUAAAGAUUUUAUAGAAAAUGCAAAAAAUGAAAUUUCUUCUAUUCGAAAAGCGGAGAAAGAUCUUAAACAGAAAGGUAAACCAGAACCGUUACCUGUUCAAGUGAUUGUUCCUCGUCCGAAAACUAUUACCUGUGGACCGGGUGGUACUCCUAGUCACGUUGUCUGGACCUAUGACUGCGGAAUAGACGCUCCCAUGGUGAAGUCUGAAACUUGCACACAAACGGAAACUGAGAUUAAACCACUAGAUUUAUUUUCGUCAUCUAAACCAAAUAACCCAACUAGUCGAGUAAUUAGACGAAAGAGAUCAGCGGAAACGCAAACGGGUAAAAUGAAGCUCAAAGUAUCCACAGAAGCUCAGACGCUUAAUGUAACAAAAAGAAGAAGGACUUCCAAAAAACAAAUUGCAGUUGAAGCAGAAACUCAAUGUUCAUCUGCUCCUGCUAUCAAUUCACGCAGCGAUUCUGACGAAAUCAGUACACCAGAUAAUAUUUUCCUGGAUGCCGGAGUAAUAUUUCUUCCUCCUUCUGAAACUCCAGAUUCUCCUGAUGAACUGUAUCAUAGCUCGAAUAGUGGAGGAGGAAUUUCUCUGCCAGCGUUAAUGGCAAUGGUUGGAAUUGUUGGAGAUUCUAUUGAAAUAGUUCCUGACCAUGAACAAGAAUUAAUGGACAUUACAACAAAUAGUGGCAUUAUUCCCGUUGCAUCUGCACCGUCAGCCGUUGUUAAUGUGCUAGACCAACAAUUUGAAGUUGGAGUGAACGGCUACACAACUUCACCCCCCACAUCCGAAGUUUGCGUCGGAUUCGACGAAGCUUUUGAUCUUGAAGACUACUUGCGUUUUGAGCUCACUCGCGAAACUCAAACAGAUUCGUCACUCCUAGGAUUGAAUAUUCCAGAGCCUGACUUGACGAGUCUUAUCAACAGUUUUGUAGCAGUUUCUGCAGCUGAGACCCAAACCUCAUUUUUCGGCACAGAGUCAGAGGACAACCCUGCAUCAAGAAAUUUGAAUAUUCUAUCAACAAGCUAUCCUGAACGUUACGCCCCAGGCAACAUUUACGAUGAAAACUAUUCUCGUCGCUUUGAAGAUUCUUUCGUAAAGCUUACGCAAGACCUGAACUCACAUAAUAGUCCCACCUAUUUGGAAACUAUUGAUGGUGAAACUCAAACCAGCUUUCCUGCGAAUGGUGAGCUUUUUCAAAACAUGGACAACAUGUUUCUUUCCCUGUUCAACGACUCGACAAGUUUAAUUACAGAUGAAGAAGCUGCAUCACGUGGAUCACACCUGCGAUUUUAAAUUCCUCAAGAGAACACAUUUUAAUACUUGUGUUACUCACUCCUGCAUUUUCAAGUAUUAUUAAUAUUACUCCCCCAGCCAUUUAAUUGCAUUCAAUUAAUUAAGCUAUUUAAUUCAGAUAUGCAAUAUAUAAACCAACAAGUAGAUAGCUAAAUAGACAUUAGUCAGUGAAAGCAAACCACCGAACUCAUGAAACCGUAGGUACAAUCUCCGCUCUAGUUGAUGGAACAUUAUAUACUCUCUCAUUGUUGUGAAUAGAUCGCAUUUAUAAUUAAUAGUAAAUAGCUGGAAAUGAUAAUAUCCAUUCAAAUUCAGGCAAAAAGUCUGUCAGGAGGCCUGCUUAAUAUGUAUUUUCUCUUUAUCUGCAUGGGGGAAAUAGAGUUAACAAUGAGUAGAUACAGUAACCCCAAGAUAUUAUUUUCCCACAUUCAGUAUUUGUUUUCUGUAGUUGUUGUAUUAUUUUUUUUACAUAUUAUAUGUAAAAUGUAAUAAUCUUAUUUGUCACCCUUUGUUCUUUACCAUGUUGAUCCAACCAAUACACCAGUAAGUAUUAUUACGAUUUAGUUACCUAUUUAUUAAUUUAUAUUGCUGUUCUCAUUCUACUAGUAAAGUGGCAUUUAUUUAAAUAUAUUUAUUACUUUUAACCAAUAUGAUAUUUCGAUGCAAGGUUUCUUUGUACUGCUAAACCACAUACAUAUAUAUUAUGCAAAUGCUUUUACCAGUUAUUUAUCAUUACUCUCUAUAAUCAAUUUAAAUUUUCUCCUAAAAUCCAACAUUUCGUGUAGGAAACGUUGGAUUUUCAAAAUUUUAGUUAUAAUCAGAGAAAUUAAAGAAGUACCAAAAAUGUAAAGUUAUGUUGAAAGAAAUAUGAGAAAAAACGUGUUGAAUCCUGGCAUAAAAAAAUAAAUGGUGAAUGAUUUUCA